AUGAUUUUACUUACGACAGCUGUAAAGAACAUUUUGCAAUAUCAAAAUUUUUGGAAAACCUUAAAUCUGAGACUACUGAUCAGCGAUGGAUUACCGCGGCUAAAAAUCUUUCAGUAAAGAAGUCGGACUACGUGUUGAUGCAACCGCCUAAGCAACCUGAGUACGUCUUGGAAGAAGUUAAAGCAUUCUGGCUGGAUGUUGAUCUGGAAAGGGCCGAGUCAGAACGUAGAUUAGCGGAGAUUAUUCUGGAGCAGAAGGAAAUUGAGUUAAAACAAAAAGAAGCUGAAUUCGUAAUAAACCAUUCUAAGGCAGGGAAUCAAGGGCACAGUUUAUUGAAUGAUCAAAAAUUACAAUAUAUUGAAAACCUUGGUGAAGAAAUAGAAUUG